GAUUCCACCUUGGCGUGUUGGUUGUGGGAUACAGGCUGAUGUUCGCUGAAUUUAUGCGGGGAUGACACCCCUGGAGGAAUACGAAUUAGGAACCCCAGAUUCAAACUCUCGGAAGAGGCAAUGACUACAUACAUGUCGCGGCCGUGCUGCGCCUGCAAGGCCAACACUGUUAUCUUCAUUACCAUCUCCGAAAACUCCCAAAAGUUAUCGUCGUCGAUGAAGAUGAAAUAUGGCAAUCUACGCUCAUGAGAUCGCUCACGGCGAUCCGGUGUUGACCCGGAUUGUUGACGGGGAUAACGUACCUUGGUACAAAAAGAGGAAUCUCAGAACGCUCUAUUUGUUACUUUUCCCUGCCUGUAUGGGAAUAGAAAUGACCUCCGGAUUCGAUUCUCAACUGAUCAACACAUUACAAUUCGCUCCUCCUUUCUUGCACUACUUCGGAAAUGGAUAUAGAGAUCCAACUACGCACGAAUAUUCGAUCAAGCCUGCUCUUCUCGGUAUCAUCGGUGCUUCCUAUAGCCUGGGUGGUAUCUGCGCAGUUCCACUUGCUCCUAGUGCCAAUCAAUGGUUUGGAAGACGAUGGUCUAUCAUUACGGGCUCUCUCACCAUGAUGUGUGGCGGAGUCAUACAGGGUUGUGCUCAAAAUACGGCGAUGUAUAUUGUAGCUCGAAUGAUAUUGGGAUUCGGCAUCGUCUUCUGUAUCGUUUCCGGAUCUGCAAUGAUUGGAGAGCUUGCUUACCCGAAAGAGCGUGCUAUCGUGACCUCCUUGUUCAAUUCGUCUUACUUUAUCGGAGCAGUAGUAGCAUCGGCUGUUUCUCUAAAGACAGCUGAGUUGACUACUACCUGGGCAUGGCGCAUCCCGUCCGUGCUUCAAAUAUUUCCGUCACUUUUCCAGCUCAUUUUCGUCUUCAUGCUGCCUGAGAGUCCUAGAUAUCUCAUCAGCAAAGAUCGAGAUGAUGAAGCACUUGAAAUUCUCGUGAAAUAUCACGCUGAGGGCGACCGAGAUUCUCUCUUUGUUCGUGCUGAGAUGGCCCAGAUCAGGACCACCAUCAAAACUGAGCUGGAGUAUGCCAGACAAUCUUGGUGGGGCAUGCUGAAAACAUCCGGCAUGCGAAAACGUGUUUACAUUGCCGCCAUGAUUGGAUUGUUUACUCAGUGGAGCGGCAAUACCUUGCUCAGCUAUUAUCUUUCUGAUAUAUUAAGUAUGAUGGGUUGGACCAGCGUUCACGCCAAGACGAGGAUCAAUAUUUCUCAAAAUUGCUGGGCUCUCAUCAACGGGACGAUUGCUUCACUCAUCGUCACGAGAUUCCCACGCCGAAGAAUGUUUCUCAUCAGUCUUGGUGGCAUGCUUUUAGUCUACAUCGGCCUUACCACGUCGAUUGAGCAAUUCAUGUCCGCCAAGGCUCAUGGCAAAGGUGGACGAGCCGCCUCUAUUCUAGCCUUGUUCUUCAUAUUUGCCCAUUCUCCAAUGUACAACAUUGGUAAUAACGCUCUCACAUACACCUACCUAGUAGAACUCUUCCCAUUUGCGGAAAGAGCUCGUGGUAUCUCCGUCGAGCAAUUCUUCGGGCGUGCUGCCGGAUUCUUCUCGACAUACGUGAAUCCGAUAGCUCUCAAAGCCAUAACAUGGAAAUAUUUCGCCGUCUACGUGGGUUGGAUUGCAGUAGAAGCUACCUGCGUAUACUUCUUCUACCCCGAGACUCAUGGAAGAACCCUGGAAGAACUUUCAUUCUUGUUCGAAGACAGAUCGCUGGCCGAUAACGUCGCCCGGGCCGUCGAGAAGCAAUUAUAUUACGACGAGCGGCCUGGAAAGCAGGCAGUCACGCACUUGGAAGAAAGCAUUCCCUAUAAGCGGUUUUCUCCUCAUUCUCCUUAGGAAAACCGCGCUCGCGCUUUCAUUGGAUGCCGCUUCGUUUCAAGACGGAUCUUCAAUGAAAAAUGGUUUCUCGAUCAUAUCAUGUGGGGUAAAUGAGUAUUUGU